AUGGUAGCGGGGGACGAUAUGAUAUCUCCUUACGCCGUCAAGAAUUUGAGUACUGAAAGCUUCCACGUAGACCUGGGUGGUUUUUAUUCCAUCUGGGGCACCACUUCUUCUCUUCCAAGACUAUGCAGCCUGGAGUCUGGCAGGAUGGUGUACGUCCAGCAACAAGGAGGUUCAGCAGGUAAAUUCUACUGCAUGAACUACAGUCCUUUCAGUGUGUUGGGUUACGAUAUGGGACGAAAUGAAUGGUGUAAGAUCCAGGCUCCUAUGAGGAGGUUUCUGAGAUCCCCGAGUCUGAUUGAGAGCAGAGGGAAGCUGGUGUUGCUAGCGGCGGUGGAGAAGAGCAAGCUUAAUGUGCCGAGGAGUCUGCGAAUGUGGGCACUGCAGAGUUGCGGGACAACAUGGGUUGAGAUAGAAAGGAUGCCGCAGCAGCUGUAUGCUCAGUUUGCGGAGUUGGAAGGAGGUAGAGGGUUCACUUGUGUUGGAAACGGGGAGUUUCUGGUGGUGAUGAUUAUGGGAACGGCAGCGGAUCAGAAGGCGUUAUUGUUUGAUUUUGGGAGGAAGAGGUGGGUUUGGAUUCCUCCGUUCCCUUUUGUUAGCGGCGGCGGUGGAGGCGUCGAGUUGAAUGGCUUUGUGUACGAGCCUAGACUUGUUACGCCUGUGACUGGACUUCUUGAUCAGCUGACUACCCUUAAUCCCUUUUAG